CAACAAAACGGCGGAUCAACGUUUGGCCGCCAUACUUGCUUGGUUCAGGCGGUAGAUCUUCUUGUUAUAAUCGGCCCCCAUCUGAGCUGCAAUCAUGACGGUGGGAAAGAGUUCCAAGAUGCUGCAGCAUAUAAACUACAGGAUGCGCUGUACCCUGCAGGAUGGGCGCACAUUCAUUGGGACUUUUAAGGCAUUUGACAAACAUAUGAACCUUAUCUUGGGAGAUUGUGAUGAAUUCCGAAAAAUCAAACCAAAGCACACAAAAUCUGCAGAGCGAGAAGAAAAGCGUGUUUUAGGACUGGUACUGUUAAGGGGAGAGCACCUGGUAUCAAUGACAGUUGAGGGACCCCCACCUACUGAGGAGAGUAUGGCACGAGUGCCUCUGGCAGGUGCUGCCCCAGGGCACGGCAUGGGCAGAGCUGCAGGGCGAGGAAUGCCCUCAGGACCCUCCGGUGUAGCCCCAGGUCUGCAGGGACCUGUCAGAGGGGUGGGAGGACCCUCACAGCAAAUGAUGGCUCCCCAGAUGGGCAGAGGUAGCACCCUGACGGGACAACCUCAGAUGAGAGACGCAAGGGGUAUGAUGAGAGGAGGUAUGAUGGGCCCACCCCCAGGCAUGCGUGGUCCUCACCCUGGCAUGAGAGGCCCCCCACCCAUGGGCAGAGGCUUUCCUCAAGGCAUGAUGCGAGGUCCACCCCCUGGUAUGAGAGGUAUGCCCCCACGCUAGUGAGCUGAAAGGAAGGGGUUGGGGAUAUGAAAGCCGGAUGAUUACUAUCGUGGGCUUACAAAUAUCAUGAUGGUGUUGUGAGGAGAUGAGCCUGUCUCUAGCACAGAGCCCCAUCUUAUGUGCAGGAUUGUGGAGUGUUUUGUUAAGACUUUACUGUUAUACUGAUGUGAACAGAAUACGCAACCCAGUAUAUUUAUUACAAAACACUUCCAGAUAUGUUCACAGAUGAUGGCGAUUCAUGUAUGGGAAUGUCAUCAAGAAGCGAUGAUUCCAAGAUGGAUUACUCCUUCCUCCUGAGUGAAUUGACAGGAGUAUUAACAGAUACUAUACUACCAUCCAUUUCAUUGUCAUUUUUUUUUUGUUUUAAAGCUCCAUUGUUUUGUUUUUAACUCACUUUACUUUUUUUUUUGAAUUUGUCACGAAACUUCACAUCAUGCGACCGUUCUACUGUAAAAUGUACCCUGAUUUGUCUUGAUGUUUGCCAUUGGCUUUGUUGGGAGUUUUGCUCUUCAAACAGUCUGUCAGAAGUAAAAUGUAAUAUUUUUAUGAAAUCUA